CUGGGAUCCAUUCGAUGUCUAUGUCACAACCGCCGGUGAAUGUGAAAAAACUGAUUUACCCACCAAGCCAUGUUCUUCCUUCCUUGUCUAUUUCUCUUGUUCCGUUGACCCCUGCCCCUAACCAGCUUACUACCUACGCACUUACCACCAAAUCACACCUUUCACUUCCUUCUCUAAGAUUGAUCGUAAAUCUUACUGAAACGACACCACCUCCCUCUCCUCCCCCGGUUACCAAAACCCGACCACUCUGCUUUUAAUUCGAUUCCAACAAAUAAUGGGAUGUAAUCAGUCGAAGAUCGAGAAUGAAGAAGCAAUAUCGAGAUGCAAAGAGAGAAAACUGUUCAUGAAAGAAGCUGUCUCCGCCCGCAACGCCUUCGCCGCCGCCCACUCUUCCUACUCUAUUUCCUUAAAGAACACUGGUGCCGCCCUCAACGAUUUUGCCCAAGCCGAAAUCCCCCCUCAUCUCUCCUCCUCCUCCUCCGAACCCAUCCUCAUCCAACAUUCCUCCCCCUCCUCCUCCCCCGCCGCUCCUUUUCCGCCUAUUUCCGACGUCCCCCCUCCUCCCCCCCCUGACCACGUGGACUUCCAGCCUUUGCAGCGAGCUGUGAGCAUGCCGGAGAUGAAGAUUCAGAAACCGGAGCUGAAGCCGCUUGAGGAGCCCAUAAUUGAAGAGGAUGAGACGGAAUCUGAAGCUCAUGAUAGUGAGAGAUUAGUGAGAAAGAGAAGUAUUAGUAGUAGUAACAGAGUAACUUCUGUACAAGAAAAUCACCAUCAACAGCAACACCAUCACCAAGAUGCCACCUGGGAUUAUUUCUUCCCCUCCGUGGAUAGCAUUCCGGGACCGAGUUUGGCGGAACCAACCGAAAUGGAGGAAGAUGUGAGGGUGAAUAAGGAACAAGUGCAGAGGAAAGUGUUUCAGGAGAGGGUGGAGCCACCACCGAUGGUGGUGGAGAAGAAGGUGGAGAAGGCGGUGGAAGUUCCGGUUCCGGCUCCGGAGAAGAAGGCGGGUAGGAAGGUGGAAGGAGGGAGGAGGGGUGUGAAAGGGAUGAACUUGAUGAAGAUAUUCGAGGAUCUUGAUGAUCAUUUUUUGAAGGCAUCUGAGAGUGCCCAUGAGGUUUCUAAGAUGUUGGAGGCAACGCGAUUGCAUUAUCACUCUAAUUUUGCUGACAAUAGAGGACAUAUUGAUCACUCUGCAAGAGUGAUGCGUGUAAUUACAUGGAAUCGCUCAUUUAGAGGUGUUCCUAAUCUUGAUGAUGGGAAGGAUGAUUUCGACAGAGAAGAGCAUGAAACUCAUGCAACCGUGCUGGAUAAAAUGCUGGCUUGGGAAAAGAAGCUUUAUGAUGAAGUGAAGGCAGGUGAAUUGAUGAAGUUCGAGUAUCAAAGGAAGGUUAAUUCAUUGAAUAAGCAGAAGAAAAGAGGUACAAACACUGAAUCAAUAGAGAAAUUAAAAGCAGCUGUAAGCCAUCUGCAUACAAGAUACAUUGUAGACAUGCAAUCAAUGGAUUCGACAGUUUCAGAGAUAAACCGUUUACGUGAUGAACAAUUAUAUCCAAAACUUGUUCAGCUUGUUGAUGGGAUGGCCACAAUGUGGAAAACCAUGCUAGUUCACCACGAGGACCAGUCUAAGAUUGUAAAUGCCCUGAGAUUUUUGGACAUUUCACAAUCCUCCAAGGAAACUAGUGAGCACCACCAUGAUCGUACCUUUCAGCUAUUGGUUGUUGUGCAAGAGUGGCAGUCACAGUUUUGUAAACUUAUAGAUAAUCAGAAAGCGUACAUAAAGUCCCUGAACAGUUGGCUAAAGCUGAACCUCAUUCCCAUAGAGAGCAACUUGAAGGAAAAAGUUUCUUCUCCACCAAGAGUUCGGAACCCUCCCAUCCAGCCCCUUCUUAUUGCUUGGCAUGAUUUUUUGGACAAACUUCCUGAUGAGGUUGCAAGAACUGCUAUAAAUAAUUUUGCUGCUGUAAUUCAUACAAUCCUGCAGCAUCAAGAAGAAGAGAUGAAGUUGAAAGAGAAAUGUGAGGAAACAAGAAAAGAACUUUCCCAGAAGAUGAGGAAAUAUGAAGACUGGUGGCGUAAAUAUAUGCAGCAGAGAACACCUGAUGAAUUGGAUCCUGAAAGGACAGAAGACAAUUCUCAUAAUGAUGCUAUUGCAGAGAGACAGUCUGUUGUGGAUGCAGUGAAGAACCGCUUGAAAGAGGAGGAAGAAGCCUAUCGGAAGCAGUGCCUUCAGGUGAGGGAGAAAUCUAUGGCAAGCCUUAAAACUCGCUUGCCUGAGCUCUUCAGGGCCAUGUCUGAGGUUGCUCAUGCAUGUUCAGAAAUGUACAAGAACUUGAGGUCCAUAUCACAGGCAUAUUGCGGUAAUGCAAACUAGUGUGUUUAUAAUAUAGGAUUUAAUGCUUUUGUACACUUUCUUGUAUACCUUGCAAAUGAAUACCCAAAGAAAGUACAGUAUCCAUAUAUUGCUUGUAUUAUUUGUUGUAUAAUCAAUAGUUGUACUGGAAUUUUGCAUUGAACAAGCCCCGAAAAUCAUGAAUGCAUUCAUAAAUUUGUUGAGUUUCAA